AUGUUAAAGAAAGGAAGCAGUGGUGCAUCUGGUAAGGCCAAAAAAUCUACGAGUAGUUUCGAUGCUUCGAACGGUGUCAAAAAUGCUUGUAAUGAUGCCAUCUCGAAUGUACGGAUAAGUCAGAGCGAGAGUACGGUCAGUGCGCGAAAAAAGAGGGAUACAUUCAGUUACUCCAUCUACGAAAAGGCUGGGGAAAUUUAUCGACAUCUUAAGGGUCAAAUUCCCUCUUCACAGCUUCCAACAUUUGAGGAGGAUCUGGAGCGAAGGCGAGCGUACAGCUUGGCUUUCGGCGCAAAGCGAUGUAAGUCACGUAGUCAUGGUUAACACUUCUAAGGUCCUCGGCAGGUAUAAUUAUACAAAGUAUGGGAUUCUUGUGGUUUCUUUUGUACUGUAAUUAAUGAAGGUUAGCGAGUUAUUGAAUAUUACUCGGUUGCCGUUACAACGGGAUCGCGUAAUUCUUUGCCUGUCGUUCAGCAACGAUGGUGAUACCUUAGAAACUGCCUUGAAAGAUUAAAAAAAAAUACCUUUGUAACUUGGUUUCAAACAGCAAAACAAGAGAUGUGGUCUUUUUUAAUUCUUAGAAUAGACGAAGAAAUGAUUGGGUCUUUCAAAGACUUUGAUGCUGAGUCUCUAUAAUCAAGCAUUAGAAGAUUGAAAUAUUCCUUAAAAUUAUACAAACACAAAGCUUUACUUUUUUUCUCCUCUCUUCUUUUCCUGCUUGUAUUGGACACUGAACAAACACCCAGCUUUUGUUUGAUUUUAACGAAACAAAAGACUGUUCUAUUGUUUUAUUCAGUCGACCGCAAUUUUUUCAUCUGGGUAGUUUGCAUGCUUUCUCUUUCACCCAAAAUUUACCAAGAAUUUUUUAGCACGAGAGAGAAAAAAAUUUUGUCCAAAAUGUAAAUCCGCAAAAUUUGUUGUUUAAAUUUGAACCGGUUUGCAUGCAUUAUUAAAAAUUGCCUCCUGAUGUGUAAAUAGCUUCUCUGUGUUUUUUAAUCAUCACCAAAGCCGAUUUCUAAAUGUAUUUUCUUUUUUUUAAUCUAUAGAUGAGACAGUUUUAGAUGAUGUGUUGUUGGAUAGUUACUUUUUUUCAAGUUAUUUCAAGGUAAGACUGCUUUUUUAUGAUGUAAAUUUUUCUGCCCAUUUUUUCAGAUUUGUGGAACAAAGUAAAAUGAAAUUUGCUCUUCUUGACAGCAUUUAAAAUUUUAAUAGCAAAUUUUCAGAAAAUGCAGGAGUUUUUAAUUUUGAAUAUCUCAACUGAAGGUGUUUGUUUCUUGACAGAACUAAUCCAAAUUAGAGGAAGCUUAAAGGAUUAAUUUGCAUUUUAAUAUAGUACUCAUGGAAAAUUUUUGGUGCGACCUUAUUCUGAAAGGGAUGUAGCCAGGAAGUUAAUCUGAUUGUAAGAUAUAAAUUAAUUUUUCUUUCAUUCUAUCACAAAUGCUGCAAUCUGAAUGCCUCUCAUUAUCUAUUUCAUGAAAAGCAGGGGGAGUAAAGUGUAUACUGUAAACCGCAGCUUAUAAGCCCUGGGCUUAAAGGGUUUUUAGGGGGCUUACAAAAUGGAGGGGUUUAUAUAACUGGAAAAUAUAAACGGCUUCAAAACAAGUUAUAGUUGCGGUGCUGAUCAAAAUAUGUUUUGCAUUUAUUGGUUUUUUAUAAGCCUCUAAAUGUUGUAAGAAAUCAAGUUCCUAUCUCUCAAAACAAGAAAAGGGGUUCAUAUGUCUAGGGAGGGAGGGGGUGUGGGGCUUAUAUUCAGACAUCUGGGGGGCUUUUAACCAGCUGUUUAUUGUAGUCUAACAUUAUGCAGUUGUAAACAAAAUGAAAUAGAAACAUGAGCCUGCCAUGUUGUUAAGUUAGGCAAAACAAUUAGAUUAUUCACUUUUAAUUUAUAUGCAGGAUCGCUGAUAUGGGCUAUGCCCAUAACAACUUCUAUCAGGUAGCAAAAAUUUUGAGUUCAUAAUCAAACUGUUAUUUUUGUCUCUCUGCAAGGAAGUAGGCAGAAUCUCCCCAUUACAAACACUGCAAUUAUGUUUGUGUGCCUCACUCCCAGAGUUCUGCGUGGCAUGCUAAAAUUAAUUUUUUGGGCACUGUUUUUUUUUUUCAAUUUGAGCAAAGGACUACACUGCAAAGAAGGGAGUGCUCAGAGCCUAUUUGUUUCUGUUCUUUCCUUUAUCACCAAUAGCUAGAGGCAUAUCACAAACAUCGUGUUAUGGUGAUGUUACUGGACUACCAACAAAAUGGCUUUUACUUUGGCAAUGAACGCUUCAGACAGAGAAAAGUUGAGAUACAAAAUAAGGAGACUUCUUAUCCUCAAAUCCUGGAGAUUCAACAAGCCUUGGUGUCACAUCGAACAAAACUUCGAGCAGCCCUUGCUCGGAGCAGAAUUAGAGACUGUGCAAUAAGUGUUGAGGCCUUACUUCCAAAAGAAGAACAAGACAAACUGCAAUAUGCAGCACAACAGCCUGUGUAUGCAAGAGUAAAUACAUGGAAAGCUAGCUAUAGUGAUAUUCUGGAGACUUUAACAACUGAGGGUUUUUUGAUGGAAGACAACUUGCCGUCAGCAGAGGAUGAUGAUAAUCCACCUGGUAUACGCUGUUUUAUGAAGGAUCAGCAUUUUGAGAAUUUGCUCGUGUUUCCACCAGCUGUCAAGUUUAAUCUUUAUGAGAGUGACCUAGUAUUAGAGGGCAAGUUGGCAAUUCAGGUACUCUUUUUUUUGAUAUAUAUAUAAUUAUAUAAUAUUGAAAUAAUUUCUGAUCAAGCCAUGAGUACAGGAUUGUUGUGAACUAUGUACAGCACCUCAGUUUAUCUAGCCUUCAGAGCAGGUGUCUUAUUAGGGUAAGUUAACAACUCAAUCUUGUGAUGAUGUAUUGACCAGCUAUGUUUGAUUUAGAGGUAGAUUGGAAAGUUGGGGGAAGGGAGGCUAUUGCUACAAUUUAUCUUUGGUACUGAUAAUGGUAGUAAGUUUCUGUGUUAUUGGGCAAUGCUCUGACUGUGCUACCUCCACUAAGGUACAGGGAAGCCUGGUGAACUGCUGGAAGAUAAUUUGUGAUUGAUAAUCAUGCCAUCAAGGAAAAUAGCAAAAUUCAUACCUGCUUCCUGCUACUGAAACUGCGAGGAAAGUCUAUACUCAAGCCAAUUGAUCCUUAGCUUACCUGGUUUCCAUAGCAUGAAGCAACUUGGAGUAUUCCUACUCCAUCACAAAGUUACCCCUUCCCCCCUCCCCCCUCCCCUCAGCUUUUCAUCAGGCUUCCCUGACAAUUUGCCAGAGCUCAUUUUAAUUGUACUCCUGGGUGGAGAGAAACACUGUGAGAGUGUCUUACCCAAGAACACAAUGCCAUGAGCCAGCUAGGUCUCGAACCCAGACCUCUGGACCUGCAUUCCAGUGCACUAAGUAUCAGACCAAAAUGUCUCCAACAAGCUGGAAUAUGAAAGAAACUAAUAGUUGUUGUGUUUUAUUACUUUUUUUUGGAAAAGGACAAGUCAACUGUAGUAGCUGCAGAAGUUGUCAAUUCUAUGGUGUUGGAGUUUGCCUCACAGAAAGAGAAAGCUGUCCAGCUUAUUCCAGGGACUGAUGUUCAGACAAUUUUAGGCGAAGGAGAUGACGUCAUUCAAACUCAUGCAGAGUCUGGUAGGUUUAUAAUAUGCAAUAAAAGAUGUAUUGAUUGGAGCGGAUUGCCUGUAAACUAGCUGGAGUGCCGCAUUGCCCUUGUACUAUACAUUUGCCAAAACGCACCAUUCCAACAGUGGCACCUGUUAUAUGGCCUACAUGUGGCUUAGCAAUUAUUGCUGGUAGUUCAGUGUAAUAUUGGAACAUCGAACUAGGAAACUGAAGCAAGUUAGGGUUUGAAUCCUUGAAAUAGCCUUAGAUUUUGCUUUGGUUCUAGCGUACAGGACAGGCGUAUUUUUUUUCAUAUUUUUUAGGCGAACAGAGGCAAACGCGAGGUGAGCGCGAGGCGAGCUCGAAGUACGACUCACAUGCGCAAAAUAAUUUUUAUUUCUUUUCUCUUCCACUCGCACGUAACUCGCACUUCGCGCUCGCCUUGCGUUUACCUCCGUUCGCCUGAGAGGCGCAAAAAAAUUACGCCUGUUCUGCAGGUUAUUUUGGUUCAAGCCACCUCCGCACUGAUACGUUUUCUUUUUGGUACGUAUUUGCGUAUCAUCCACAAUUGAACUCUCAAAACUGCUAAAGCUGACGUUUCGACCGUUAGCGUUGUUUGAGACAAAAACGGACACACUAGCGUUAUUGGAAACCCACUUUUAUGGCAAAUGAUUAGAAAAUCAUUAUUUAUGCUAUUUUUCUUGUGUUGAUUUAUUUAGGGAACCUGACAGCCCACCUGUCUUCGCUAAUCCAUCCUGAUAGAAAGAUAUUUGCGUUUAGUGUUGCCAGUGACAGUCAUACGCAGAUUGAGGAUAAACUCGAAAGAAUGGCGGCCAGAAGUAUCUUUUUGUUGCGAUUAAGUUCAGUUUAUUUCUCUUUUAAUAUUUGCGUUCACAUUCUUUCCUAAAUAGUCUUUCAUAGGACUGAGAUGACAUUUGGUGCGAAAACGUUGACCUCAGAACUACAUCUAACUAGCUAAAACAUUAUUUAUCUUUGUAUGUAUGGCUUGCCUGUUUCCCCGCUCUUUUGUCUUUUACGUGCUUCUUUAGCGCGUGGCUUUAAAUGUGUCUCCUUGCAGUUGUUCGGCGGUAUUAGAUUCCCCUUUAGACUAAUGAGGUGUUCUAAGCUUCCGUAGAUAAUGAUCUUAGCUUUUUCUUUUUGGAAAAAGGCGCAACCUCACCGCGCGCUCAGAGUCUCCUAUUUUCCUGGGAAGAUCGAAGGAGAUACGGCAUAGAGCGGUUGUUCUACCUUUCUAAAAUGUGAUACAUAUGAACAUCAGUAUGCAAUUUCUCCGUAAUGUUUUCUAUUCAUUUCCUAAAGGGAUAACAAGGAGAAUUUGUGUAACAAUUAAGAGCUUUUUAGUUGAUGAUGAUUUCCUUUGUUCUCGUGACCGUAAUGUGUGAUGCAGGGGUGAUAUUGUAAGGAGAAAUUAGAUGUUGGUCACUUAAGUAUGAAAGGGUUAACUGGGUGAUCUGCUCUAGAAUACCUGAAAUCGUUUGUCGUGCUCAACCUUAACAAGUAAUUCAGAUGUCAGCUUGCUAGAGGAAAGCUUUCUAGAUGCUCUUCCGACCGAUGAGCGCUUUAAGAAAGUUAGAAUCAUCGUGGUUAAUGUGCCUUGCUCCAAGUCAGGGAUUGUCAACUCGGUAGAUUUCGUCCUUCAAGAGGGUGUUACCUCGUCUAUCAAAGAGCUUGCGCGCGGUAACGUGGACACCAGCAAAGUGAAGGGACUCGCUUUCCAGCACUUGAGUUUUCUAAGACAUGCUAUGAAGUUCCCACAAGUACAGGCCAUAAUUUACAUCACGCGCUCGACGCAGAACGUAGAAAACAUGGAUGUGGUUAAGAAGGCUAUGGAAAUGAACCAAGAGGAGCGAAGCAAAUCGACGAGUUAUUUUGAGCUGACGCCAGUUUUGCCAAAAGUUGCCCAGAAUUUAAAGGAGGCAGCCAGGAUUUCUAACGGCCUCCUUCAAACCGAGAUUACUUUAACACACAAAGGUAAUCUAUCAACUGGAGCAAUUUUCAACUGAGUGUCGAUAGUAAUUCGAGAUUUCAUCGGCUUUAUUUCACUUCGUUCUGUGAUUGGUCCAACAAACUUGCGCCACUCAGCCAAUCAGAUACAAAACUAAAACUAAUCACGACUCGGUCGCUCGCUUUUUCCCGCGCUUUAGGAAGUUUGGUGGUUUAUUUUUCGAGUUAUCGUAGUUUCAUUUCUUCUGUUUGGCCGUUCUGAUCACGGUGAUUUUGGUUUUUACGACACUCAAUCGGAAAGGGCUCAGACUUUGUUAUCAAUUAAAAAACUUCGCUUUGUCUUUCUUAGCGUCAUGUAGUAAGUUGUGUAGGGAAUUCUUUGAAAUACCUUGACUCUUUCUCAGAGUGAUCAGUAGGUUAGCCAUUUUAGAUGUAAUAAGAGAAAACUUCUAUUUGCUCUACAAAAUCGUAACGAAAGGGUUACUGUUUCUAUGAGGUUGUUUCACGCUGCUAAAACAAUUAAAUAAAGAUAAGCACAGUAACUCGGCGAAAAACAAAAAAACCUCGUACAUUUGUUGGUGCACUUUUUUCGUUAAAUGGAAACUAUUUUUAUUUAUUUCACAAAUGGACAGUGAGACUUUGAGUCUUAUUAACUGGAGAGUUUUAUCCUGAUAUUAAACGAGAAUAUAUAGCAAACAGAUGCAGAAUUGUCCAUUUGACGUUUGUAGUUUGAAUCCAUACAUAUUAGAGGCCUCGCAUCUCAGUUAGUCGUAAAAUCUACCGCAGCAAUGGUUGUAAACUGUCAGGAAUUAACAUUUCUCAAAGAUUACCAGUCAUAAGGUUUUGUUUUUGUUCCAUUUAACAUUUAGAACCAGAGACCAGAUACUUGAGUCUUGAGCCUUCGGCUGCGAUGAAUGGAGGAUUCGUUGCACUUCUUAAAAGACAGGUGAGUAAACCAAAACUUAUCGUGCAUAAUCUGCGUGACAGGCGUCAUUUUUGGAGGAGGGAGGGGGGGACUACUCUAGGUUAUGGGAGAAAAGCACGGUGCAAAAGCGGAAGGUGAGUCACUCGAGUAAAAUCCUUUUUUCGCGCUCUUCCCCUCGCGCGUGACUCCUUCUUCACGCAGGUCUCGCGCUUUCGUCUGUCUCACCCAAAAUUCGCAUGAAAAUAGCGUUAGUCUCCCAUACCAAACUGAUUACGACUUGGUCGCCCGCAUUUUGAUCGCGUUUUCGACGCGUCUUUUGCGUCUUGGUCACUCGCACAUGGAUUUGGGUACGAUUGCUUACUUUAUCUCCUCAUCGGCCCCUUCUGAUAUAUUCCUUUAGCCACUGUCAUUUCUACGGGAUUUACUUCACGACAUUCAGUUGGAAAACAUGAUAUGAUUUAUCCGCAAGUAAAAUUUUCCACUUCUUUCUCGUUGUUUUAUAUUCCAGAAACCAGUAGAGACGGCACAAGAAGUCCUCGAGAGAGCAGCAAAGAAAGGCUUAAUGAAACCUAAAGGUAAACCCGCAAGAAUAAACAGCCCCAGGGAAAAACCCAAACCCCGGGCCCAGGCGGAUAUGACGCGACUUCGUAUCAAGGACGCUGCCGUCGGAAACUUAUCAGAUAAUGAGGAAGAUCGGAACUCGUUGAAGGUCUCCAACACUCCGAGGAAGCCUCGAAGUUGGCACGGAUCAGCCGAAAAUUUGUCGAAGUCUAACACGAAAGAUGCCGUUUCCUCGAUUCCGUCGCCUUCUCAUGGUGCAGUGAAAAAGAAGGGAAAACAACCAAAACCAUUUAUGUUUUAGAUAUUUUUGUACCUGAAGUCAAAAAUUGGCGAAUAGUUGAAUAAACUGGUUGUAUGUUAAGAAUUUUAACAGCCAACUCGCUAGGAGUUUAAUGAACGUGGUUAUAUAUAAUCACGACUGGAAGAUACGUGUGCUGAGCUUUUUCCCAAUUCUCUCAAGCAAAGAUGAAUUCAUUUUCCCAUUCUUUGUGACACUUAGUUCGUGGGAGAAUCUCGAAAAGUGCGAGACACCAGUCAUCCAAAGAUCAACUAGUAAAUAGUUAUUUUUCAUAACUUAUUGGAUCUCGAUUUCUUGUCGAUAUUUCUGUGGUCAAAAAUAUGUUUGUUACUACGACGCACUACUAAUGUAAC